UUGUUGAGUCUCUGUUUGACAUUGAAGGAAGACGACCAGAUUCCAAAAUAGGACCAAGAAGGCACAGUAAACAUUCGUCCAACGCUACUACGAUACGUUGUCAGGAGGUGGAGCGAAAUGCUGCCAAAUGAUGGCCCAUUACUGGAGAAAAAAACGGAAUGUAAACGCUGCUGAGGUGUUGAGCUGGAGAGGACGAGGUAUCAGAGAUGGUGGGACUCUAACGAGGCUCAAUACGAAGGUCCUAAGAGGCAUCCUUUUAGAGGAUCAGAGGGAUUUCUGUAAAGUGUGGAGUAAGACCUCUAAAUCCACAAUAUUGUAUGAAAACGGUAAAAUCUACCUGGAGAAUUAUCUGAAGUGUUACAGUUGCGUUGAUUCCAAGCCUCACGCUCUCUACGAUUUGCCCAAACGAUCCAAAGUGGAUAAAUUUGAAGAUACCUUGCUGUGCCAGAGCCCACUUGAAACCACGUUAGCGUCUGCUUCUGAUCACAAGUCCAGUCUGCUGUUUUUGACAGCCAAUAAUUGGUUGUACCGCUUAUCAGAGUCAACGGGACAGGAGCUGGAGAGAGUUUUUCUCUCUUCAAAACACACAUUCAGGUACCUAAGCUGGGAUGUUUCUCAAGAGAUAUUUUAUGUUAAAUCAGUUCAAAACAAAGGCACAUCCUUAUCACGGCAGGCUGGUAUCACCCAGAAUACAGUGAUGCAUCUGAUCAUAUUCCGCGUUUUCCCCUUACAAAUUGUGGGCAUGAUGGAAGUCAACAAACAGGUAUUCGGGAACGGCAUUCUUGACGUUGAUUUAUCUCAGGGCGUCUUGGCCGUAUCCUACAGCAGAAAGGCAAUGAAGCUGUUUAGCUUUGAGCACAUUGUGCAAAAGUACCUGGUGGAGAAAUUAACGCUUGGGAAACCAAGUUCACUUCUCAGCGGCAAAACGGUGGGAGACGCUCCAUUUGGCAUUCCGGUAAAUAUCCACAUUACAGAUUGCCCUCCUGUGCUUUUUGAGGUGUCCUGCUCCAGUAAUGGAGUGCAGAUUGGAGGCUUUCCUUGGCAUUAAAAAUGCCACCAGGGGACUCACCACUUUCGCUCGCUCAAAGACGGCACUAUGGCUAUUAAUGGAAUACAGAAUAUGAGCUGUUACUCUCUAGAGAGCGAUGCCAUUUUCUUCCACCCCGAUGACUCGGGAAGAAUCAUUCAUGCGGGGCCCACGACCAUUAACGUUCUUAAAAUCCUUGGUGAGUUGAACAGCGGCUUGCCAUCGAAGGUCGUAGAAGAUUUCUCGAUGGCAACUCAUCGGAACAACAUCUCUACCUCGCAAGUCACCGUCACCUCUUCAGGCCGCACAGUGAAAAGAAGAUUGCAGCAGCUCGAUGAUGACCCUGAUCAGGAGACUUUCCGUACAGUCAUAUAUGAAGACGAACUGGACCUUUUGGCCGUGGUGGUCACAGACGGUGCAGAUGGGGAGGGGAAAGCUCAGGUCCGACUGCAUGACAACCAGAGUGGACAGUUACUGAAGACUGUUGAACUGUUGGAACCGUGGGAUGAGACUUACCGACAUGACCUGAUCUUUGACAAGGACACAAUUAUUCACAUUGAACAAAAAAACACCAACGUCUGCUGCCACAUUUACAAGCUCAAAACGGCCACCAAACAGGACCAACGGGUGAAUGUCGGCUGCUUUUAGUUUUUAGUUUGUUACAUUGUGCAAUGUUUAGUACGUUUGGACUAAU